GGCGGCGGGGCGGCCCCUCACGGCGGGGCCGGGCGGCCAUGGAGCACAUCAGCACCCCCAAGGUGGAAAACGUGAAGCUGCUGGAUCGCUACGCCAGCAGGAAGGCGGCGAGCGGGACCCUGUACCUGACAGCCACACACCUCAUCUACGUGGAUACCUCUGCUGAAGUCAGGAAGGAAACAUGGAUCCUGCACCACCACAUCUCCAGCGUGGAGAAGCUGCCCCUGACCACGGCUGGGUACCCCCUGCUCAUCCACUGCAAGAACUUCCACGUGGCUCACUUUGUCAUUGGGCAGGAGAGGGACUGCCACGACGUGUUCACCUCCCUGCUCAAGCUCUCCCAGCCAGUGAAACCUGAAGAACUUUAUGCUUUCUCUUACAACCCCAAAAUGUCCAAAGAGAGCCGGGAGAUGGGCUGGAAGCUGAUAGAUCUGAAACUGGAUUAUCAGCGCAUGGGGAUCCCCAACGACUGCUGGGAGAUCACAGAUAUUAACAAGGACUAUGAGGUUUGCAGCACCUACCCUCCUGAGAUCGUGGUGCCUCGAGCUGCCACCAAGGCCGUGGUGAUGGGAAGUUCAAGGUUCAGGAGCCGAGGGCGGAUUCCGGUGCUUUCUUACUUGUACAAGGAAAACAAUGCCGCCCUGUGCCGCUGCAGCCAGCCCCUGGCCGGGUUCAGCGCGCGCUGCCUGGAGGACGAGCAGAUGCUCCAGGCCAUCCGAGAGGCCAACCCCGGCUGCCCCUUCAUGUAUGUUGUAGACACGAGGCCAAAGUUGAAUGCCAUGGCCAACAGAGCUGCUGGGAAGGGCUAUGAGAAUGAAGAUAAUUAUGAAAACAUUCGUUUUAAAUUCAUUGGCAUAGAGAACAUCCAUGUGAUGAGGAGCAGCCUGCAGAAGCUGCUGGAAGUGUGUGAGAUGAAGUCUCCCUCCAUGAGCGAUUUCCUGACGGGGCUGGAGAACUCGGGCUGGUUACGGCACAUCAAGGCUGUCAUGGAUGCAGGUGUCUUCCUGGCCAAGGCUGUGAGGGAGGAGAGGGCCAGCGUGCUGGUGCACUGCUCCGACGGCUGGGACCGCACGGCCCAGGUCUGCUCCCUGGCCAGCCUCCUGCUGGACCCCUUCUACAGGACCUUCAAAGGCUUCAUGGUCCUGAUAGAAAAGGAGUGGAUUGCAAUGGGCCACAAGUUCUCACACAGGUGUGGCCACCUGGAUGGGGACCCCAAGGAGGUGUCCCCUGUGUUCACACAGUUUGUGGAGUGUGUGUGGCAGCUGAUGCAGCAGUUCCCCUGCUCCUUCGAGUUCAGCGAGCGCUUCCUGCUGGAGAUCCAUGACCACGUCUAUUCCUGCCAGUUUGGCAACUUCCUGGGCACCUGCCACAGGGACAGGGAGGAGCUCAGAAUCUUUGAGAAGACCCAUUCCCUGUGGCCUUUCCUCUUGCAGAGGAAGCAGGAGUUGAGAAAUCCUUUGUACAGAGGAUUUACAGCUUACAAAGAGCUUCAGCCAAACACUCUACCUUUCAGUUUCCAGUUCUGGUGUGGGAUGUACAACCGCUUUGACAAGGGCAUGCAGCCCAAGCAGAGCGUGCUGGAGCAGCUGCUGAGCUGCCUGAGGCACAGCGUCAGCCUGGAGGAGAGCGCGGCCCAGCUGGAGAACAAACUCCCUAUCCUGGACAGCCCCUUGCCCAGCAAAGGCUGCACCUCACCCAAGGCAGGAGCUGCUGCUGCCAAAGCCCCAACUCCUCCUCAGGACUGUGCAGAGGGAGCAGCCCCUGUGCUGAGCAAUGGCCCCUCCCUGGGGCAGCAGAAGCACAAGGAGAGCCCAGCCCAGCCCCAGGAUCCCGGAGCCUGCAGGGAGGAUGGGCAGGCUCAGCACCAGGGAUGAGCUCUGGGAGCUGCUGGGAGAAGCUCUGGGGAGCUGCUGCAGCCCCCAUUUGCAGCUGAGUGUGAGUAGGGGUGUGCAGGGCUGGGGAGCAGCUGCUGGGGGACACCUCCUGCAGCUCAGGUGAUGCAGAGCUGCCAGGAGCCUGCCUGGCAUCCCUGGGACCUUGGCUUUUCUGAGGGUUAGGGCUGCCUGCCAGCUCUGCUGUUUGAGGCUGGAAGAAAUCUUGCCAACUCCAUGAGGAGCUGGGCAGUAACUGCAGGAGGAAGGAUGCAAAUCCAUCUGUUCUCAGUGGUAGUCCAAGGUCAUCUUAAAACAAGAAAAAAUUUCAGUCUGUCUUCAAAUGAUAAAACCCCCCAACCUUUCUUAGCUGUGAAUGAAUCUCUGCAUGGACCCUUGCCUUGUAGCAGAGCUGAUUCAUGUUUUGUUUCCUAUGCAUAUUUGUUACACAAAACCAAACCCCCUGUGCCUUCUCUGAGACUGUGUCCAUGUCCAGCCAGGCCACUGCAGGUUUGGUGCUGGAGUUUGCAGUGUGCUCUUGGUCCUGUCUGUAGUCAGUGUUUGUGAGAGGUUUUCUUCUGCUGCAGUUUCUCCAGGGUUUUUGCUGUUCUUCUGAGUUCAGCAGCUUUUAUGGAGCUCCUUUAUUGAUGGGAGUGCAGAGCCAGCCCAUAACACAUGGAUUUGUGAUAAGAGAGAGGAUUGGAAAUGAGGAAAGGCAGCAGAACAUUUAUGUGGAAUUUUUCUCUCUUAUUUUAUGAUCUUGGUUAAACUGAAGCAAGAGAGUAACUCUGUUCCAAGGUGGAAUCAUUGAUGAGACAGCAGUUACAGAUGGGGCUGUGUUCUGGUAUUGAAAUGGGGCCUGAAAUGAUAAAAUCACUUGCUGAGUGAUUCUAGGGAAUGUUCAGAUUCCAGCAACUUUAGGGAUGUUUUGUUUGUCUCAUGAACAGUAUCUCUCAUGGCAGUGAACUUGGGAAGAAACAGCAGCAAGGACUUCUCUCCCAGGGACUGGGGGUCACAAAUGAGGGCUUGAAGGUCACCCAAAGAAUCCUUGGGAGAGGCAUCAGCAAAAGCAGGUUUGAUAUAAAAAAGUGUGACCAAAUUCAUUAGCAAGUUUCACUCUGUAACUUAUUAAAUGGUUAAAGCACACAGAGAAAAACUAAAAUAGAAAAUCAGGCAAUCUAAAACUACAAUCAACCAGCAUGGAGGCUGGGGAUGGAAAAGGGUCAGGAUGAAAUGGAAUGAAAUAAAAUGAGGGAGAUUCUCCUGUUGAGUCCCAGGGUUCAGAGUGGAGCAUCCUCCCAGACUGAGCCCUGGAAUUAUCAGCAGUUCAGGCCUAAAGGUUUCCUGGAAUCAGAGAAUCACUAGCAGCACUUGAACUCAACAGCAGUGAAUCAGCAGGUAAGGAAUUGAACAAGGGGUUUAUGUGGAAUUCCCUGUAAGCACAACAGGAGCUCCCUUAGAGGCUGAACUCACAAAUCCAAAGUACUCCAUAGUCCAGGAGAGCAGCAUUGGCAGUGCUUUGUCUCUGGCACAGCCCCAGGGACCAGGUCCAGGUGUAUCCCUGGGGAAAAUUCAGUUCCCUGUUUAUAGAGAGCUGCUUUUAUCAGAGUCACUUCCCAGCCUGGCUGCAAUUUGGGUCAAUACCUUCCUUUGAAAGGUCAAUAACAAAAAUGUUCCACUUGCCUUGUUAUUCAGGCAAGAAAAAUCAGAUUGCAGGGCUGGUGGCUAAACCCAGGAGUUUGUACUCCAGCCCUGGGAGCAGCCAGUGUUCCUGAUAAGCUCAGGGUGCUGCUGCUUAUCAAGGUCAAGGCCUGAGGACAUUUCUGAGAUGGUGGUGAGGCCUUGGGAGCCUGGAGGGUUCCCCUCCUCAGGAAAGCUGUGCCACUGUCCUUGUUCUGUGCUGGAUUGCACUGAGUCCCCCUGUGCAGCUCUGUUCAGGAUGCUGCUCUGCCCUCUUCUCAAGCUGUUGUUUCAGUUAGGUGCUGCCAUUAAGUUUUCAAAUCAGAUUUGCUAUUUUAUAAAAAGUUUGGAAGCCAAGUGAAAAUAUUUGAGCCUUCCCAAUCUCCAGUGAAAGCAGAAACAUUCCAUUGUAACAGCAGAAAGUGCAAUAACUCUGCUCAUGUGCUUUUAACCCUUGGUGAAAUCACUGGGUGGAUCCAGUGUCCAAAACCCAGCCCAAACCUCCCUGAGUGGCUGUUCUGGGUAAGAAAAUACCAUUUUAUAAAGCACAUGAAAGAUCCAGGGAAAAAGAGAGCACAGAGUUUUGCCACUGCCCGGAAUGGCAAAGAGGAAGAUUUUUAUUAUUGAGGGUUUGUCACACUUAAAUAAAGUUGUUAAAGAAGAAGUGGGAGCUGCAAGAGGGAUUGAUUAAAAAUGGAACACUGGAAAUACCCAGGUGUGAGUGAUGGAUCAGCCCUGUCUUUUCUUUCCAGGGGCAAUGGGCAACAUCCAUCCCCAAACCUGAGAGAAAAUGGGGCAUAAGCCAAGACAGGCACUUCUUAGGACCAGUUAUUCUAUGGAUCAUCAGUUCUUUGAAUAUCUUUAAUAAAUUCUCUAAUUUUCAUUAGAGAUCUACAACUGGAGAGGGUUUUGAUUGACUACUGAAGGACUUAAAGGUGCCAUUGGUUAAUUAUUGUACAAAUCCAUCUUGCAGAAAGCUCCUGGAAAUGUUUGUGUGGUGCUUUGCCUUUGGAAUUGCCAUUGGAGUUUAAUAAUCUUUCCUUGUUCCUAAAAAGGUUGUCUCCACAAAACUCCAGUGUUACUACAAGUGUGUACAACCACCACCAGGUUACUCAGUGUUGUAAGCUUGGAGUAAUCUGUUGCUUUUAAUUUUUGGGUUUGGCACAACAGAGCCAAACCCAAAAAUUUAUGUCUUUCAAACCUCUUGGAUUUCAUGUGUGGAGUGUGAGGCAGAGGCUGCAGUGUAUUAAAAGCCUUUCAUGCUGGAGCUGGAAUUUAGGGGCUGGAAAAGAUUCCAGGGUUUCCUCUUUUUCCACGAGCCCAUGGUUUGAAAACCAAUGAGGGAGAAGCUUUUUGGGUUUGGUGGCAGCUCUGGGCUGUUUGAAGAGCAGAAGUGAGAAGCUGCUCAGAGCUCUGCAGUGUCCUGAGCUCAGCUGGGAUCUGCUGCCCAGGAAAUGUGUGUUCCCUGCCCCUGGAGCAUCCUGGAGCAUCCUCUGCUCCCUGGAAGUGUGGGAGCAAUGGAGGAGCUGUUACUGCUGUUGGCAAUCUGCUGCUGCUGCUGGGGAAAGUUCCUUUCACUGAUGGAUUCCUAGGGAGCAGCUGUGCUUUGUGAGGGCAGAAAUCCUGCUGUGAUUUGGAGCUGUGCAGUUCUUUUCAUUUGGAUUCCUGACACUGGGAGAACUGGGAGGGAAGAGGCAUCAGAUUUGCUGCAGUUUGUGGAAAACUCCCCCUUUUCUGGAGCUGCUCCUGCCUCACCAGGACAUUCCAUGGCCUCACCAGGACAUUCCAUGGCCUCACCAGGACAUUCCAUGGUUUCUCCAGGACAUUCCAUGGUUUCUGCAGGACCUUCCAUGGUUUCUCCAGGACAUUCCAUGCCUUCCUGCCUUUUCCCAGUGUCUCCUGUGCUACAACCAGGUGUAACCUUGUAGUGGCCUGUCAUGCUCUGUGUUAAAACUCCUACUCUGAAGCACAAGAGGGACUCGUGGAGCUUCAUUUGAAAUGUCUUCAAUGUGAACUUUGUUCUGUGGAUUCUUAAAUUGGGGUUUUCUUUUGCUGUUGUCACCUGUGGGAGAGAAAAUCCAAUUGGUGCUGUUUGCUCUGCAGGGAAAAAGGGGGAAUAAUUGGGUUGUCCAUAGUUUUAGUUCUCCAUGGCCUCUUUAGGGGUGAGGAAAAGCAGUUUGUAAAAGCUUUUAGGUCUGUUCUUGUGCUUAGUGAUUGCCUUUCCAAGUGAAUUCCUUGGAGUAAAAAUCCUCCUGCUCUGAUCCAGAGCCAUCCUGGCUGGGCUGGGAGGGAGCUGGGAGCCUUCAGGAGCUUCCCCAGCCCUGCAGAGUGGGAUUUGGCAGGAGCUGAAGGUGCCCAGAGCCCCACAGGGUCUCCAGGUGGGAAUGCUGGUGUGGAGCAGCCCUGGGGUGUUGUUUCCAUCACCUCUGGGAGCAGAGAGCCCUCAGAGGUGCCCCCAAAGCUGAGGCAGCCCCAGGAACAGCCUUGGAAAGGGAAAAGCUCCUGUUGAGGCUCCUUCAGCUCCUGGCCUUGGGCACUCAGAGGAAUUUGCUGGCAGGAUGCAGUGCUGGGUACCCAGGAGUGACCAGGAACAUUCCAGAAGGCCUCUCCUCUCCUCUCACCCCUCUGCUCUGGGCUGGGCUUGUUUUUAUAGGGACCUCUCCCAGCUAUUCUGGUUUCCAUCCUUCCCUCAUGCACACCCAGCCAUGCCCUGGGGGAGGAACCUGCUGUGCAUGUCCUAUUUGUGUUUAAUUAUCAGCCAGCACUUGAUUAAUUAGCUGAGGAAGCAGGGGGUGAUAAAGGCUGUGCUUGGCACCAGGCAGCCAGGUGGGCCAUUCAUUAGGGCAGGUUUGCUAAUGACUUUAAUUAAUGUGACCCCCUGGGAGCUGCAGGAGCAGGGCAGGACCAAGGGCUUGUUUUUAUAUCAUUUCUGUAUUUCCGUCUAUUUAUUGUAGCAGAAACUACUGGAGUAACUCAGCACUGGAUCCUCUGGCUGGAUUUUCCUUGGCAUCCCCAACCUGAUCCUUGUAGGAAUGUCUCUAAAACUGUGUCUGGUGCUGGCUGGGAGUGUCCCUGUGGCUGUUUGUGUCUGUGUCACUGCUGGGGGACAUUUGUGGGGGGAAUGAGCCCCAAAUGGGUCUCUGUGGGGCAUUUCAGUUCCUGCACUGCUUGAAGCUGAUCUUGUCUAGAGGAGAAUUGUGUCUUUUCUGUUUGUCCCAUGGAGUCUCUCUUGGAUUGCAGGUAUUUUUAUUCCCUACAAAAAUAAACACUUGGCCUUUUUAAAGGAA